GCGUGUGAUGAGCGUGACUUCACUCUGAUUUUUGUCUGUCGUGAGUUCGAAUCUCGAUGAGCGGAAUCUUUUUUUUUUUCAUUGCAGAAUUAAGCUCUAAUCUGCCGCUAUGUUCGAGGCCCUUGCAACCGAGCUGCCGCAGGCUUGCGCCGCGGCCUAGGCGCCCCCAGGCCCUUGCAACCGAAAGGUUAGGUUAGGUCAGGUUAGGUUAGGUUAGGUUAGGUUUUAUUCUCUUCUCGAAGGACCAAAAUAUCAGCUGACCCAAAAACGGAAGAUGUGUAACGGCCAUACUCCUGUUCGUCGUCUUAAUGUUGUGGAAACUCAUUGAAGUGUGUUGACUACGUCGAAAAUCCGAACAUUGAAUCCCUCUUGGACUGACAGAAGGUGUCAAAUUCCUCGAUUGAUCCACGAUCCACGUGUGUGUGUCGUGUCGUGCCUUGAAAAUCAAUAGGAGAAGUGAGAGAACAUUGUAUUGGUCCAGAUUGGGUCAGAUUAGGUUCCAAGGCGGGUUGGGUUCCGGCCAUUUGAUGAAAUGGCUUCAUCCUCCGUCUCCCAAGACGAUAUUGACAACGACUUCGAGCUCAAUUCCCGUCGCACCCGUAUCCGUACGGCUCGAGCGCGACAAAUUAACCCCAAUAAUCCGCCCAAAGAAGCGGUGCCGUCCACCAAUCCCAGCGGCGCCACGCCUUCUCGCCAGGAGGCGGCUCCGCCCGUUGAGAGCAGUCAUCUAGAUCAUGAGCAUCACCAUCAUCACAUGCACACCCAACAUUACCAUCAUCACCAUCACUUGACCCAUGAUGACACUUCGCCCAAAGCUCUGCCCAGAUCUGGUCCUGCCUUGUCCCAAGGUGGCGCCUCCAAUCAACCCAAAGACAAGCGCCCGCCCAAGGGUCACGUCCACCUGAAGGGCAAACCAGCGCGUGACCGGCGCAAACUGCGCGAGAAGCGGCGCUUGCGCACCGCCAGUGAGCGCGCCGGUCAAGCCCCGGCGCCCAUCCAAUGUGGAUGAUGAUGAUGAUACGGAGAGUGCUCGGGAUAGCUCACCUGGACGAAAGUGUCUGCAAGCCUUGCCAGCCAGUAUACGCUCGCGCCCUCCGCGCAACAAGUCCCCUUCGGACUUGGAGGCUGAUGAUGAGAAUGAUGUGGACAGCUUAAACCAAUCAUCGGCUGCCACCAGUAGUAACAACCUCGAGACUUUGUCUUUGAAUACCAAGAGCGGGAAUGGCUUAGGUCACACGCGUACCAACAGCAAUACUCCCGUUUAUCGACCCACCACUCCCACAGGCCAAUUUGUGGACCAACAUUCCGAUCAAAUCGAGCGAGUUGUCGAGGAAAACCGACGCCUGCUCUCCCUGAUGGAGGAAAAAGACAAGAAGAUUCAUCUCUUGGAAUAUCAAAUUCAGGAGUUGAUGAAACGGUCAUGAGAAUCUCAACCCUUUUGAUGUCAGCCCACAAUGCCAAACGUCUUGGUUUGCACUAAAUCAAAACCAGAAAGUUUUAUUUCAUUAUCGUACCUCUUUAUUUGGGGCUAUGCUCAAGUGUGGUCAAUUCCGGUUACCAAAACUAAUCGUCAUUCAGCCAAGUCCAAUUGGGACAACCCGUGUUCAGUGAAAAAGAAUAUAAAUUAUAUGCACUUUGUUCUCAUUGGCCACCAAA